AGGCGGAGAGCCUGGGGAAGGGCGGCGGCUGGGCCGGACCUGCUGGGCCGCGUCCGGUUCUGCGCAGGGCCCAUGUGCAGCCCAUGUACAGCCGAGCCCCGCGGGUGCCGAGAACCUCCAGUUUCCUGCUGCGAACCCUGUAUUUCUUACCUGAAUCCCUUUCUCUGUAGCCUGAGUCCCCGACCCCCUGAGAGUCCCGUAUUUCCGGCCUGAUCCCCAUCUUCUGCAGCCUGAACCCCGUAUUUCCGGCCUGAUCUCCUCUUCUGCAGCCUGAAUCCCGAGUUUUCUGCCUAAUCUUUGCCCUCUUUGCAGCCUGGACCUGUGUCCUUUCUGAGAUCCCGAAUUUUCUGCUGGAAGCUCCGUAUUAACCCAGUUUUCCCACCUCUGCAGUGUGAACCCAUUUCUUACUCUACCACCCCCCUCCCCAGCCUGAAACGGAGAUUUCUUGCUUGGUAUCCCAUCUCUGCAGCCUAAACCUGUGUUCUUGCUGGGAACUCGGAAUUUCCUGCAUGGACCCCACUGUGCAUACUGAACCCCUGUUUCUUUUGGGACUCCCUCUUUGCAGUUCAAACCCCAAAUCCUGCUCGAACCCUACCCCUGUUUGAACCUAGAGUUUCGGUAGAGUCCCUUGAGCCCUAUGCCUAUCACAGCUUCUCCUCUCAUUGCUGCAAACACCAUUUCCUGUUGAACUCCAGUUUCUGCAGCCUGGAUCUCAGUUCCUUAUGUGAACCCCAUCUUUGCUUCCUGUAUUGCUCCCCUUCUGUGAACCUAGUCCGUACUGCAAACUCCAUCUCUCCUGCCUGAUUCUUCUUGAACCUCCUCCCUUGCUAUGAACCCAAUAUUUGCUGCCCAAACCUUCUGCUACCUGAGCCCCAUCUGAUUUCCCAUACCUGCUUAGAAGUCCCUAUUUGCUUCCUGAACUUCCAUCCUUGCUGAGAACCUUGUAUUAAUCAAUCCCCCAACUCUGCUGCAUGUAACCCCUCUGGAAACCCUCUCCUGUAAACUCUUCUACAUAAACCCUUGUUUCUACUGGCGGGUCCCCUCCUUGUCCCUGGUGUCCUUCCUGCUGCUUUGGUUCCCCCUCCCCCAUCUGUCCAUUUCUGUCCACAGCCCUGGCUGUGUCUGCCAGGGGUGUCAUGUUGUGAACGCCUGCAUCUGUCUCUGUCCUUCCAGGGAACGGGGCAGCCAUGUGUGCCCUCUGUGUGCUGUGGUCACCCGUCAGGCUUGAGGCUAGGAGGGUUGUAAGCUUUGACUGCAACGAAGACCUGCAGCUGCUGUGGGUGCCCUGGGUGCGACCUUGAAGGGGGGAUUUGUUGAGUUUUACUUAUGGAAAACAAUGCAGCUACUUCCCCAAGUCUUAGGACCUUGCACUUGACUUUGACUGUCUUGUGGCCAGGUUCUGGCUGAACAGUCUCCUAGAGGCUGUGUAUGAGGCCAGCUUCUGCUCUUGAAGCUCCUGUUGCAAAUGUCACUGGAUGCAAGCAAAUGCCUUUCUAAGCUAUCACACAUAUUUUGUUGCAGGGCACCUCUGGCGUCAGGCCCUGUAGCUCGUAGCUACCCCCUUCCUACCACAGCUCCGAGUCAUGACGGAUGCCAAGUAUGUCCUCUGCCGAUGGGAGAAGCGAUUGUGGCCUGCGAAGGUUUUGGCCAGAACUGAGACUUCAGCGAAAAAUAAGAGAAAAAAAGAAUUAUUUCUAGAUGUUCAAAUACUCUCACUAAAAGAAAAGAUCCAGGUGAAGAGCUCGGCCGUGGAGGCGCUGCAGAAAUCACACAUUGAGAAUAUUGCCGCCUUUCUGGCAUCUCAGAAUGAGGUCACAGCUACUCCCCUGGAGGAGCUGACCUAUCGACGCUCCCUGCGAGUGGCCCUGGAUGUCUUGAGUGAGAGGACAAGUUUAAGUCCUGAAAGCCAUCUGAGGGAAGAGAAGCCACAUGCAGAUGCCGCCUCUUGGGUGCCCGGCCCUCGCUCUCCAUCCUUUUGCAGCGAGGACAGUGACAGUGUGGCUGCCCAGUGCACACCCAAGAGGGAGUGGCUCCCACAAAGCCUGCCGGGACUGCCUGCAGCUGAAGAGGACCGCAGGAUAGGCCUCACAAAAAACGGAACCCUGAGAGCAGCUUUGCCUUCCCCCGCUGGAGAUGGGUCUCAGGACGGUUCUGGAUCACGGCUGGACUGUGAACAGGACACUGCCAAGAAGAGGCGGAGGAAUUUGGGAGAGAAACCUACCCGGCGCCGCAGAACAGCAUCUUGCCUUUCCAAGGGAGAAAGUGUUGACGAGAGCGAGGGACAGGCAAACAGCUGUAUGACCCCAGCUUCACCUGGGCUACUCCCCCAAGCCUCAGAAGAGGACCCCUGUGCCGGGGUCAAAGGCUGUGACCCGGUUGUGUCAUCAGGCAGCAGCAGGCUGCUCCCAGCCUCUGACAGAGGCAGAGGACGCACCACAAAGAGGCCACGCUUGGAUGGAAGCCAGAACCCAUCCCCCGGGCAACUGGCGACUGGAACUGUGGGGGCAACACCCUCCCCUCAGAACUGGCCUGGGGAGACCAUGGUGCUGCUCAGGUCUAGUGACAGGGACAAGCCAGAGGAAGAUCCUGUGUCCUCAGAAGAGUUCACAGGGUUCAAGUCCAUCCACUCCCUGCUGGAGGAGGAAGAGGAGGAAGAGGAGGAGCCACCCCGGAUCCUUCUGUAUCACGAACCACGAUCAUUUGAAGUAGGGAUGCUGGUCUGGCUGAAAUACCAAAAAUACCCGUUCUGGCCAGCCGUGGUCAAGAGUGUCCGGCGGAGAGACAAGAAAGCCAGUGUGCUGUUCAUUGAGGGCAACAUGAACCCUAAGGGCCGAGGGACAGCCAAGGAGGACUUCGCCCAGGCCAUCGGCUGGUGUGUGUCACUUAUCACCGACUACCGUGUGCGGUUGGGCUGCGGCUCCUUCGCUGGAUCUUUCUUGGAAUAUUAUGCUGCUGAUAUAAGCUACCCUGUGCGCAAGUCCAUCCAGCAGGAUGUCCUGGGGACCAGGUUUCCUCAGCUGGGCAGUGGGAACCCUGAGGAGCCUGCGGGGGACAGCCAGCCAGGACAGUGGCGGCCAUGCAGGAAGGUGCUGCCUGACCGCUCCAGGGCUGCGCGGGAUAGAGCAAACCAGAAGCUGGUGGAAUACAUUGUAAAAGCCAAGGGUGCGGAGAGCCACCUGCGGGCCAUCCUGCACAGCCGCAAGCCCUCACGCUGGCUGAAGACAUUCCUGAGCUCUGGCCAGUAUGUGACAUGCGUGGAGACAUACCUGGAGGAUGAGGCACAGUUGGAUGAGGUGGUGGAGUACCUGCAGGGCAUCUGCCGAGACACGGAUGGGGAGGUGCCUGUGCAUGGCAGUGGGGACCGCAUUCGUUUCAUCCUGGAUGUGCUGCUGCCUGAGGCGAUAAUCUGUGCCAUCUCCGCAGUGGAGUGUGUGGACUACAAGACGGCCGAGCAGAAGUACAUCCGGGGCCCUACUCUCAGCUACCGUGAAAAGGAAAUCUUUGACAAUGAACUCCUGGAGGAGAGGAACCGUCGCCGUCGCUGAUGCCAAACCUCCACCUGGCCAGCGAGCCCUCCACACCCUGCCAGAGGGCUCUGCAAGAAUAAGAAUGUACUAGAAGCAAGAGGCCCAGAAGUGUCCUGACUUUGAACUGUGGGUCUUGCAUCUUCAGUACUGAGUCCAGGAUAUCAAAUGUCAUUGACACGCCAGAAACCUCCUGGCAGCUACAGACAGAACUUUCUGGAAGUUUCUGUGCGUGUAUGCGCGUGUGUUUGAUUUUAAUAUUAUUUCGUUUAUAAAUGAAUUUGAACUCA